CAAUCCGCUCCUUGAAGACUUCCUACAAUGGAGAAGGUUACAAUGAUCUGCUCUCCAAUUCUACCCAAUGACUGCGAGCGUCACAAAGACAAAGGAUGGUGUCACCCCCUCCCCCCAUGUUAGAAGGGCUAUGGACACAAACUACCGCAGGAAAUCACCCCAUUGUGGGAGGGGCAGAGACACAAACUACUGGGGGAAAUCUCCCCAUUGUAGGAGGGGCAGAGACAACUACUGCAGGGAAAUCUCCCCAUUGUGGGAGGUUCAGAGACACCAACUACUGCAGGGAAAUCUCCCCAUUGUGGGAGGGGCAGAGACACAAACUACUGCAGAGAAAUCUCCCCAUUGUGGGUGGGGCAGAGACACAAACUACUGGGGGGGAAAUAUCAUUGUGGGAGGGGCAGAGACACAACUACUGGAGGGAAAUAUCAUUGUGGGAGGGGCAGAGACACAACUACUGCAGGGAAAUCUCUCCAUUGUGGGAGGGGCAGACACACAAACUACUGCAGGGAAAUCUCCCCAUUGUGGGAGGGGCAGAGACAGAAACUACUGCAGGGAAAUCUCCCCAUUGUGGGAGGGGCAGAGACACAAAACUACUGCAGGGAAAUCUCCCCAUUGU